CGGGCGGGCCGGCCGGUGGUGCGAGCGUCCUGGGCCCGCGCUCCGCCGCCGGCCGGCCGGCCAUGCUCAUCACGCUGUGCUACCUGUACCUGUGGGCGCGCUGGGGGCGCGGGCCGGCCGCCCUCGUGCGCACCACGGUGCAGCGGCUGCGCGCCUCGCGCUGUUCCUUCACCUUCUGCGGCGCGGCGGCGCAGCCCCGGGGCGCCCGCGUGUGCCUGAGCCACGGCGGCCGCGUCUUCUGCGUCGGCGAGAGCCAGUCCAUUGAUGACUUGAACAAAUGGGCGCUGUUUCUGGUUUCUCCUUUCAUACUUGAAGCAGAGCAUAUAGCAUUUGUGACAGAGAGCAUUUGGGCGCAGGGUACGGAGGGACCGAGGCUGGCAUCCUGUCCAGAAACCACUGUGAAGUGGUCGGACUGUUGUUUGCCGUUAGCUUGCAGACCUGGGGAUCCUUAUCAAUUAAUCGCCAAAGCGAGUGUGGAGGACUUCAGCAAGCUGGGGGUGGCGUUCCUGGAAGACAGACUGCAGAUGGCUAAUGGGCUGGUAGCCCAAAAGAUCGUUUCGGUGCACUUGCAGGACUCCGCGCUGAAGGAACUUAGGGAGCAGGCCUCCGACACGCCGGCCCAGAUCCUCCAGCCCGACCCCGAAUCUUCUGUUGAGAGGAAGCCCAAGCCAAACGCCAUGGAGCACAUUGGCAAAGGGGACCCACAGGUCCUGGGUCCUGCGCCUAUGCUGGGCAAAGACAGUGUCCCGGGGGUGGAGCCUGCUGAGGAGAGUGACAGGGGCGUGGGCCCCGUCGAGCACUGUCACCUCCAUCUGUCUAGUUGCCACGAGUGUUUGGAGCUUGAGAACAGCACCAUUGAAUCGGUCAAGUUCGCCUCGGCAGAGAACAUUCCAGACCUUCCCUACGAUUUCAGUCUGGAGGGCGUCGCUGAUGACCUCUGCCCUGAGAGAGGACAGAGGAGGGUCAAUGUCUCAGGAAAGGCACCCAACAUCCUCCUCUACGUGGGUGCCGGCUCCCAGGACACCCCGGACCGGCUCCAGCAGGUCCGGUCGGCUCUGGCCGACUGCGUGGACACGGACUGUUACACCCUCUACCACCUGCCGCAGGAAAGUGCCCUCAGGGACCCGUGGCCAGACAACUGUCUGUUGCUGGUCAUUGCCGCCAGGGAGUCCAUCCCUGAGGACCUGUCCCGGAGGUUCCUGGCCUAUCUUUCUCAGGGAGGGAAGGUUCUGGCCCUGGCAUCGUCCUUCACGCUUGCUGGCUUCCGGGUGACAAGCAAGGCCCUGCUGCAGCACACGGUCCAGAGCUUGGUUUUCUACAAGGCUGACCAGAGCCAGGUGAAGCUGAGCAUCCUGAGCAGUGGCUGCAUUUACGAGGGGGGCCCCGGGGAGCCGCUUGGCCUGGGCCAGCUCCAGGGCCACCUGGACAGUGAGGACAAAGACAAGCUGAUUGUGCAAGUGCCUUUUGGGACACGUGGAGGAGAAGCUGUUCUUUGCCAGGUGCACUUGGAACUACCUCCCAGUUCUCCAGGGGUACAAACUCAAGAGGACUUUGAUCUGCUCAAAUCAAGCAAUUUUAGAAGAUACGAAGUCCUUAAGGAGAUCCUGACUACCCUGGGCCUGAGCUGUGACGUGAAGCAAGUUCCUGCCUUAACCCCUCUUUACCUGCUGUCCGCCGAGGAAAUCCGGGGUCCUCUUAUGCAGUGGCUGGGGAAACACGUGGAUCCUGAAGGAGUUAUAACAUCUAGCAAGCUCUCCCUUAAAUUCGUUUCAUCCUACACAUCUGAGGUGGACAUCACCCCGUCUGCCAUACCUGUGGUGACUGACACGGCGGCCUUCUCCUCAGAAAAUUUUAACUUUGAGAUCUACCGACAAAAUUUGCAGACCAAGAAACUUGGAAAAAUAAUUCUGUUUGCCGAAGUGACAUCCACCACAAUGAGUCUUCUGGACGGGUUGAUGUUUCAGAUGCCGCAGGAAAUGGGUUUAAUAGCCAUCGCCGGCCGCCAAACGCAGGGCAAAGGGCGGGGAAGCAAUGCUUGGCUGAGCCCCGUGGGGUGCGCUCUUUCUACGCUGCUUCUCACCAUCCCACUGAGGUCCCAGCUGGGACAGAGGAUCCCGUUUGUCCAGCAUCUGAUGUCCCUGGCCGUCGUGGAGGCGGUGAGGUCCAUUCCCCAGUACCAGGACAUCAACUUACGGGUGAAGUGGCCCAACGAUAUUUAUUACAAUGACCUCAUGAAGCUCGGUGGCGUUCUGGUUAACUCGACACUUAUGGGAGAAACAUUUUACAUACUUGUCGGCUGUGGCUUUAACGUGACUAACAGCAACCCUACCAUAUGCAUCAACGACCUCAUCACAGAAUACAAUAAGCAACACAGCGCAGGCCUGAAGCCCUUAAGAGCUGAUUAUCUCAUCGCUCGAACUGUGACCGUGCUGGAGAAACUGAUCGACACAUUUCAGGAGGAGGGGCCCAAUGGCGUUCUUCCUCUGUAUUAUAAAUAUUGGAUACACAGUGCUCAGCAAGUCCGCCUGGGAAGCACCGAGGGACCAAAGGUGUGGAUAGUCGGCCUCGAUGAUGCCGGGUUCCUUCUGGUUCACCAGGAGAACGGCGAGGUGGUCACCGUGCAUCCUGACGGCAACUCCUUCGACAUGCUGAGAAACCUCAUCGUGCCCAAGCGGCCUUAGUGCCCGCGGAAGAGGCCAGGCCCCGCGCCGCUCAGAUGAGUCGGGCCCGAUGCGAGUGCACUGCAGACGCAUUCCAGCUGGAUUUCUGCCCCUUUCCUAGCCCGUGGAUCUGCGAAACUAACCCUGAGCUCUAGGCGAAGUUUUUCUCCCUCCGGCUAACCUAUGACUUCUUUAAUUUUAUUCUUUCGUCAUUUUAUUUGGUGUUUGAAGAUGUUUGGGUGAAGAUUUAGUUCGUUUGAAAGCCCUGCCACAGGUGUGAAAUUGUUCUUCCCUCUUGGAAUUGGGUGUAUGCUAAUUCACCAAAAAAAAAAAAAAAAAGUUUUUACACGGAAACAGCAAUGGAAUAAAUGUUUUCCUGUAGCGGAGAGCUUUACCCCUAGACUAUUGAAAACAAAUUUCAGAAAACGCUUUUGGGCCCAGGCUGUUGGUGAGUUAGAGUCAUGGGAACAGUUUACAAGCGAAGUGUUUUCCUGCAGAACAUAUGCUGGCACUCGGUCAUCAUUUUGGUUUUUUUGUUAAUGAAGAAAAGCGAGGGUGGAUGUCGAAGAGUGACUCUCAGCCUGGUGGUUUGUGGUCCAGUCACGAUGUCUAAACGGCUACAGAAGCACAUCUAGCUGGUAUGAUUGCCAUGACCUUUCACUUUGCUUUGCAAUUACUUUGACAUCAAUUAAUGAGCUCUCCUUUCAUGAGUUUAAAUUUAUUGCAUAUUCUGAAGUGCUGGGAUCAAGUUCAAGAUCCUUAACGCGUUGAUUAGGCAAUUGCUGGGCCGUGAGGGUGGAUGAUUUGGCUCUAACAGCUGGAGAUGAAGUCUUCCUCUCAUACCACACGCAAAGGAGGAUUUGGAGCUUUUAAGCCUUGCUUUGAAAUGUGGAGCGUUCUUGCAGGACUGAGCAGUACACAGAAUAUAGAAAUACAUGCCCGUUCAUUUGUAAGUCAUAUUUUUUGCCUCCUUUUUCUUAUAUUGCCCAAAAAGAAAAUGUUAUUGAUACUGAAUAGUGGUACCCUCAGUUAAGAGGUGUGUGUGUCUGUGUGUGUGUGUGUGUGUAGCUUUAAAAGACGUUCCAAAUCUGAUGCCCUAAGAGUCUCCGUGGAAGAACAAAAGAAAGGAAGCCUUUUGAUAUACAUUUGCUAUUUCCAGAUGUAUUCCAUGCUUUUUCCAUGUAACUCCUAUCUCUCUUGAACUUGAGAAUCAUACGCAUUACUUUGCAGCCUGAAAAGGCCAUUUUUGGGUCCGUUUUUCUCUCUUCCUGCCAAUCCCAGCUGAAAUUAGUCGAAAGAAAAUUUGAUGAGGCUCUCAGCUUUGAACAAAAUCCCCUUAUGAUAUACUAGCACCAUCUUUAUCCAGCUUUACGCAGUCAGGCUAACUCCAGAAACUUGUGGUUUGCAGUAUAAAAUCGGUCUACCUUUAGCCAGGCACAGGCAGCCCUCCAUAGGAAGGAAAAUAAUAACACGUUUAGUUAAGUACACCAAUGCAAUAUGUGCGUUUUCGAAAUGUAACUUUAAAGUAACUUCAGAAGUAAUCUUUGCAAAUAAGGCUUCAAUUAGAAUUAUUUUUCUUAAAAAAUCGCCCACUCUCUCUUAAAUGCCCAAGUCUAAAGAAAAGUCCACAGCACCCCAGAAUUACAAAAUCACCCCUGAGAGGACAUCUGCAAAAUAUCACCAAGAAGAAAGAUCUCAGACUAAUGUUGCAAGUUUCAUUUCUCAAACUUUGUAAUAGAAGGCCAGUCAUCUCUCAGAGCUGCCAUCUUGACUUUUUGGAUUUCUUUGGGGGGUUAUUUAAUGAAAAACAUGCCAUGAUUUGCUUUAAGCUAAAGUCCUAUUCUAGACAGUCUGCUUUGAGAAGAAAAAAAAAAAAAAGGUUAUCAUUUAAUUUCCUUUUGGUAAAUUAAAACUAAUGAAGUGUGGCCACGUCGAAGCAGAUGGAGACGUUCGGGCGUAUCGCUUUGCCUCUGUGCUUCUAAGACUCGUCUUGCUUGGGCCGACACCCAGUUGUCUUGAGGGGGACGAAACAGACUUGGCACAGAGAUGAAGAUACUUGGAGCAGUGUUUUUACAUAAACCUGAUUUUGCCUCAGAUGAACCAAAGACUUUUUAAUUCUGCUUCCUGUAGAAGAACAGCUGGAUAAAGGCACUUGACUGAUAGCUCUUAGCAUUAAGGAAGCUUGUCUACCUGCUAUACUGCACUCAUCCAUUUGGGGCGUUUGUGCACCCCGUAAUCUGUGAUCUCCAGGAGCUUCAACGUCUUAACGGGAACUUUGCAUUUUCAUCUUAAUCUUUAAAGACCACAGCUUUGGCAUUUAACCUCAGGACUGGCCUGUGCUUUUAGGAUAUUUGAAUUGUGCCCCACUUCAGAGGCUGUGCAUUGAGCAUCUACCAAGUUAUGUAAAAGGCAAGACACCCUCCCCUCUGGGCUGGUAGCAAAUUUCAGAGUAAUUCUUGAGGACAAAUGCCCUAAAAUAGGACACAGCAAUAGCAGGGCUUCCUGUGGCCCCUUGCUGGGUCAGUGCUCCUUGGCGGUGGUUGUCCUAGCAGCAUGUACACUGCAAGUCAGAAGUAUUUGUGUCCGGUGGGGUUUGCUGCUGCAGCACAUUGACGCCUAAUAUGGGAUCAAGUGGCCCAAGGAAGGGUGGGUGCAAGGCCCAGAGAGGGGCCGAUUGCAGCAUUCCCCCCUCCCGCCCCAUACAUACAGGAGGACUACCACGUGGUCAGCCCUCACCCUUGAGUCUGAGAACCAGGAGGGAAGCCAGCCUCACCCGGCAGUUUCAGAGCGCAUAAAAGAGUCAUUUUAGACUUCCAUUCUGUAGAUCUGUUUGCUCUCAGGCAAAGAUGGAGAGUCCUUAGUCCUGGGGCACUACUAUGCAUAUUUGAAAAUAAAGUGUGAAACCUCAGCAUCUUCCGUUUUUCAAAGAAUCAUCUCUGAAAAGUAACUACUUUAAACCAAUGCCUAUAACUGCAAGUCUACCAAAAUAAACUUUAAGACUUUCUAUAUA